CAGAGGCUGCUGAGAAACCCAGGCCGAGAAGCGAGCGUGGAAGGGGCUCCAUGAAUGGAAAUCGGAACCCCAGGAGCUGUUGGGGCUCAGCCCCUCUUCACAGUGCCCAGGCGUCCAGGAUGUGGCACUAUGGGCAAAACGAUUAAAUUGCUGGCCAACUGCUUCCAAGUAGAUAUCCCAAAGAUUGACGUCUACCUCUAUGAGGUAGAUAUUAAACCAGAUAAAUGUCCUCGCAGGGUAAACAGGGAAGUGGUGGACUCUAUGGUUCAGCAUUUCAAAGUUCAAAUAUUUGGAGAACGAAGGCCCGUCUACGAUGGAAAAAGAAGCCUCUACACUGCAGAUCCCAUUCCUGUUAGCACCACUGGGGUGGAUUUGGAGGUCACGUUACCGGGAGAGGGGAAAGACCGAAUUUUCAGGGUUUCCAUAAAGUUUGUGUCGAGAGUGAGCUGGCACUUGCUGCACGAGGUGCUAACGGGCCGCAGUAUGCCAGAGCUGCUCCCAGGGCUGGACCUGGACAAGCCACUCAGCACUAACCCUGUACAUGCUGUCGAUGUUGUCCUCCGACACCUCCCCUCCAUGAAGUACACCCCUGUUGGCCGCUCUUUCUUCUCCGCCCCUGAAGGGUAUGAUCACCCAUUGGGAGGAGGCAGGGAGGUCUGGUUUGGGUUCCAUCAGUCUGUCAGACCUGCCAUGUGGAAGAUGAUGCUGAACAUUGACGUCUCCGCCACUGCUUUCUACAAAGCACAGCCUGUGAUUCAGUUCAUGUGUGAGGUUCUGGACAUUCAUAAUAUCGAUGAACAGCCACGACCUUUGACUGAUUCCCACAGAGUCAAAUUCACCAAAGAGAUAAAAGACAAACUCCUGACAGGACUGAAGGUGGAAGUGACUCACUGUGGCCCUAUGAGGAGGAAGUACCGCGUCUGUAAUGUAACCAGACGAGCAGCGAGCCACCAGACGUUCCCCCUCCAGCUGGAAAGCGGUCAGACUGUCGAGUGCACAGUCGCUCAAUAUUUCAAACAGAAAUACAACCUUCAGCUCAAGUACCCACACCUGCCCUGUCUCCAGGUGGGACAGGAACAGAAGCACACUUACCUGCCCCUUGAGGUGUGUAACAUCGUAGCUGGGCAGCGCUGCAUUAAGAAACUAACUGACAAUCAAACAUCAACAAUGAUCAAAGCAACAGCAAGAUCAGCACCUGACCGACAGGAGGAGAUCAGUAAGCUGGUUAAAAGCGCAAACUAUGAUGCUGACCCUUUCGUCCAGGAGUUUCAGUUCAAAGUGCGAGAUGAGAUGGCUCACGUAACGGGGCGAGUGCUCCCAGCUCCCAUGCUGCAGUACGGAGGGAGGGUGGAACCAAGUCAUUUCAGAUUACAAACUAAUCGGACGGUGGCUACACCAAGUCACGGUGUUUGGGACAUGCGAGGGAAGCAGUUCCACACUGGAGUUGAAAUCAAAAUGUGGGCAAUAGCGUGUUUUGCAGCACAGAGGCAAUGUAGAGAAGAAGUACUUAAGAGUUUCACAGACCAGCUUCGGAAGAUCUCCAAAGACGCCGGGAUGCCAAUCCAGGGUCAGCCGUGUUUCUGUAAAUAUGCCCAGGGAGCGGACAGCGUGGAGCCCAUGUUCAGACACCUGAAGAACACCUACUCGGGGCUUCAGCUCGUCAUAGUCAUCCUGCCUGGGAAAACACCCGUCUAUGCUGAGGUGAAGCGUGUGGGCGACACUCUCCUGGGGAUGGCCACACAGUGUGUUCAGGUGAAGAACGUUGUUAAAACCUCUCCGCAGACAUUGUCAAACCUCUGUCUCAAGAUCAACGUGAAACUGGGUGGAAUUAACAACAUUCUGGUACCUCAUCAACGGCCGUCUGUGUUCCAGCAGCCUGUGAUCUUCCUAGGGGCAGAUGUCACCCACCCCCCAGCCGGGGAUGGCAAGAAACCUUCCAUCGCUGCAGUUGUAGGCAGUAUGGAUGCCCACCCCAGUCGUUACUGUGCCACCGUGCGUGUACAGAGGCCCCGACAGGAAAUCAUUCAGGACUUGGCUUCCAUGGUUCGAGAGCUUCUCAUCCAGUUUUACAAAUCCACUCGCUUUAAACCCACACGGAUUAUCUUUUACCGAGAUGGUGUCUCUGAGGGGCAGUUUCGUCAGGUGUUGUAUUGUGAGCUGUUGGCAAUCCGGGAGGCCUGCAUCAGCCUGGAGAAGGACUACCAGCCUGGCAUCACAUACAUUGUAGUCCAGAAACGUCACCACACACGACUGUUUUGUGCUGAUAAGAAUGAAAGGGUUGGAAGAAGUGGGAAUAUCCCAGCUGGAACCACUGUAGACACAGAUAUCACCCACCCAUAUGAGUUUGAUUUUUACCUCUGCAGCCACGCAGGGAUACAGGGUACAAGUCGCCCCUCACACUAUCAUGUCUUGUGGGAUGACAACUGCUUCUCUGCAGAUGAACUUCAGCUCCUAACCUAUCAGCUAUGUCACACGUACGUGCGCUGCACACGCUCUGUCUCCAUCCCAGCGCCGGCCUAUUACGCACAUCUGGUGGCAUUUAGAGCAAGAUACCAUCUGGUGGACAAAGAACAUGACAGCGCUGAAGGAAGCCACGUUUCCGGGCAGAGCAAUGGCCGUGACCCUCAGGCUCUGGCCAAGGCCGUGCAGAUCCACCAGGACACCUUACGCACAAUGUACUUCGCUUGAGGUUGGGAAUAUUCUCUCCAGAAGGAACCGAAGAUCACAGCCUGCAUUUCCAGUGGGGUCAGUUUAUGGGCAACAUCUCCAGCCAUACUGUAACUUUCACUGUGCGGAGAUAAGUUUCAUACACUGACUGAAAGGGAUUGUUUACCUACGAAGAUCAUAGCACUAUUAUGCAAUAUGAAACCAGCCAACUGCUCUGUGUGGUGUACAUGUGUGCGCUCUGUCAGACAUCAUGCCUGUGUUUUUUUUUCUUUUGCCUGUGUUUUUUUUCAAUGUAGUUUCCUUUUGCCUUUACCUCAGUGUUUGGCAGCACAGAACGCAUCUUUAUUGAGCAAAAACGAAAACACAGUACAGAAAAAGAAAAGUUAUGUAAAAACCUUCAGUCACAAAUAUUUUCCAAUGAGCUCAAUAAAGAGAUCCAGCCAUUCGCACAGAGCCCCCCAAUUGGUUGGGGAUUAAGAGGUAGUUGAAAACAUUAGAGUUCUCACAUCUGUUUAAUGAGGUCCAGAAAAAUCUCAUCUCCACUGUCACUGUUUAGGUUUAAGUUGUCAAGUCUACCGAGCGUUGAGCAUAAAACUUAUUGCUAACGUUCCAUGGAGAGCAGUGGAGUUUUGUCUUGGAACAUAACACUGGGACUUGGAUAAAUCUAAACAGUGAGAGGGAGAGGGAUUUUUCAAAUAUUCCCAACGAGUUCAGGGGCUCUGUUUAAUGUAGAAACAUUGCUGUUUUUUUUUAAUCGUUGUUUACUUGCUUGCUCUCGACUAAAUGUUACCUUUUUGGUUUUUUUUAGCUAUCCUUAUAUUUAUUAGAGAAAAAAAUGCUUAUAAUUUAAUAAUAAGAAAUACAAUUAAAAAUAUAGUGGCAGCAGCAAUUGUAUUUAGUUCUGGAAUGUAACCAUGUUGUAUACUGACAGAACAUUGCUACCAUUAGUGCAAUAAGCGGUUGGUAACAAAGCCCGUGUCCCUUCGCUGUAAACCAGAGCAGCAAAUGUACCACUAUAAUCGUGGGCGAGUGGGAUACAUCCGCACUUCAGAACCUUAUCAGUUUUAAUUAAGAGAAACAAAAGUUGAAUGCAAAAAAAAAAGUAGGACUGGGAUGUUUUAAAACUUGCUUUUAUUUAACUUACAGAUUAAUAAUCACUGAAAUGUGAAUUUUUUCAGAUACUUCUGUUUUAUUUCAGUCAUUCCAUUUUGAGGUCGUAUACCGUUUUUUUUAUCUGGAGAGUUUUUUUUCAUACACAGCUUUGAUUUGUUUCCAUUGAUAUAAAUCUCAUGACGUUGUUUGCACUUUGUAAAACCUCAUGAACUGCAUAUUUUAUCAUAUAACGGUUGUCAUUGCACUGGCUCAAAACCACAAUUUACAAAAUGCUGCAGCAUUCUUGACAAGAUGGGCAUUGCCUGUGUCCCAGCCCUACGCAAUGGCCUCUCCUCUACACGAAAAGUAUGUUCUUUUUACAAAAUAAAGAAUAACUAGAAUUUUAUGGAAACGACUGCAGGAUUCUCCUCCCCUUCUGCAAAAAAAAUAUUAAGUCGCUGUAGGAUUCGUUUGUGAGGACAGGCAAACUGACAUUUUUUUUAAUGGGAGUUUUGUUCACGGCAACAUUUUGUUUUUGCUCAAGAUGUGUGAAGUGAAGCAAAAUUCAGACUUUUUUUAAAAAAAAAACUUCAUGCCGUUUAAAUUCAAAAGAUGCUCUAUGCUUGAAAGGGAGCCUAGUGGUUUUCAGAUACUGUUGUUUUUAUUUCAGUCAUUCCGUUAGGGAUAGAAAUAGGAAUAAGCCCAGAAAUGAAAACUUAAUAAACUCAGAUGUUAUUAUUUUAGCCGAUCUGAUAGUAGACCAUCAGAUCAGAUUAAUUUAAAAUAAAACAUUCCAAGACCUUUUUAAAUUUGGGAACUUUGGAUACCUUAAAUAUAUUGUGGUCAGUAUUACUAGGUUUGCACCAUAUGGAGAGACUACAUUGUACAAAACAUUGUGUACAUUCCAUAAUGAGGGAGCUAUAAAUUAAUUCUAUGCUGCUUCUGCUAGAUUUGUGAAGGGCAGUUUUUUCGAAAAACAGCUUGCAAUAAUCAUAGUGCCUAUUUUUCUAGACAUUUGUUUGCACUCCUAGUUUUGGAUUGAGUACAUUGGUAAGGAAACUACCCAACUAUAUAGUUGAAUCAAACUUAAUAGUCCUCCGUUAUUAUUGGCAUGUGGUAAUGAUGAAACGCACUCCUUUGGGGACUAAACCUGGCUUAUUUUUUUUUUNAAAGAGCCGAGACACUAUCGCGUUCCAUGUGAGCUUUGACCCAGCAGAUACCUGCUGGAUUGCUGCCUGUGGUAAAUCAGAGAUCCUUUUGCAAUUAAAAUCUUAACGCAUGAAUAAAAUCAGCGGAGCAGUUAUUUUUAAAACCUAAUAAGUUUAAUUUACAUUGACACAGCUUGCCAUCUUGUGGAGUUGUGAUGUUUUUUUCAAAUCUAACCUAAUACUAUCAGGGUUGAAAUAUUUUCUUCAAAUCCAAAAGUAAUGUUCCUUACCUUGUCAGGUUAACCAAUGACCCUUCUCCCACCUUUAAAUAAAAACUUUUGUUCUCUUUCCUUUCACUGCCAAGCUGCCAUGUACAGUCUGGCAUGUGGGCACAUCCAAUUCCUCGCUUGACCUGUCGAUGGUCGUGCUUCUGAGGCAUUUCACUCACUCCUUCCCCAAAAUGCUCUACACGGGUGUAAGACUUUACACCCGGUUCCUCCCUAGCCAUCCCAAUUCCAAAUGAAGGAACAUCAGGCAAGACUAAGAUCUGAACUUCAAUAGUUUUCACAUCAAGCUCCAGUUCUCUAGUUAUCAAGGUUAAAUUUUAACCUCAUUUAUAUUGAAUUGAAAGAUUUCCAGACUAAUUUACUAAUUGGGUUAUGUGGAUGGUGCACCUCAGUUUAGUGACAGACCCACUCCAGUUGAUGGCUACGCUUUACUUCUGAUGCCUGUGCAGGGGAGCAGUUGUUAUACUCUGCUCGUUGGGUUAGUAAUGGGAUCAUUUGAACUAAAGAAGUGAAAGUUAUAUAGUGGCUUUCAUUGAUGACCAAUGAACAGUCUUUGAAGUCUUUGAUUUCAUCAAUUUAAGAGUGGCAAAGUUUUUUUUUCCCAUUCACUUUUCAAAAAUAUUGCUUUUAUAAAAUUUUAGGCUAACUUCGGUUUGUGAGGACAAUGUCAUGUCCUUGUUCCCCCACAGUCACCAAGUUCUCCACUCUGGAGCGUAGGUGAAGUAUGCUUUUAUCAUGUCCUCAUAACUCGCCUUAUAGCUACCAAUAUCGGAUAUCAUGUGGAGUCGCCCGUUUAACACUGAGCUACUCUUACCCAAGUCAGCAAUUAGCCUCCUUUAGACUAGGGAGAAGAUUCCCCAGUCUGGUUUCUCACCUGUGGAAACAAUACAUGUGAGAACUGGUUCUGGGUUGGCUGUGAUGCCUGGUGACACUAGCUUACGUGAAGAAUUACUUCUUGAGCAUGAUACCAGGUGCCUUCUACCCGGUGCGAUCAUACCCGCAGCAAGAGUUAAAGCCUUAGGAAGGGAGGGCAACAAAUUGCAAAGAAUCAACACUGAGCUUAGCUACCUGUACUGUUUUUUUUUUUGGUGGGGGUUUGGAGCGAAAUUCUGCAGUCACUCCACACCAAGAUUUUUAUACCACACUUGGUGCCUGGCAGAGUUCCAUUUAUUUUCUAUUCGAUAGUCUGAUUUAAUUGAGCCAAUAUCAAGUCUACAUCACAAUUGAAGUCACCACUGUUUACUUUUAGAUAAUUGUAAAAUAAUGAAAAGAUGUAAUGCUGCUCUUUACAACCUUACGGCCUGAUAGCGUUGACUAGAAUGCUUCCCAUGUACCUACCACCGCAUGUUUAUCAAUCUAACAGGCGUUUUCAGUAAGUGAUCUGUAAACCAGGUUUCCUGCGAGGAAGGGGGCGAGUGUCUCUGUACCAUACCCAUUGGCUUAGUUUGUGAAUGGCUGUGUAAAGUGACGACUAAUGCGUUUGCAAACAAACGUGGUUAUGUACCAGCGUUGGGAGGGCAGUGAGACCGAUAGCUGCUAUUUGUUAAUCAGUGUCAGACAAUAACUGCACUAGGAAUCGGAGAAUUGCUCACGGUUCCUACUUAAAAGAGUGAAAGGGAAGAGGCGUAGUGAUUGACCAGUUACAAAAUACCUAGCUCUCCCACCAGCACACUGAUUUGUGGUUCAUUGUGCUGAUCGAUUGGGUAGUUUGCGUCUGGGAGAUUCAGCAGAAUAAAGAAAAGAAUUGGUACACUUGACAAGUUUCUCUGUAUCGAUGCCACAACUGUGAUUCAGGUAUAAGUUUCAGACAAUUGCCAGUUCACAUUGUACCUAAUUGGGGAAGAGGGGGGGAUUGCUGUAACACCUGCUGUCUGGAUUACUGGGAUAAGUAUACAAUACGACUAGAUGCAAUACCUAUACCAGUACAUCAGUUAUAAAUCCUGACACUAAGGUGCGGAAUGCCUAUGUUAUUACAGUAAUAAUGGGUGUCGUGAGAGAGUGCAGGCUUGGUAUUUUUACUGGUUGAUCACUAUACGGUAAGGUAUGGUUUCAGCGUUUGUACUGAUCCAUUUUGAUUCGAAAGACAGUCCUUAGAAAGUGCCUUUAAAGAAGCUGGUGCUGUAGAAUUUUUUUUCAUUUAUUAUGUGGCUGAAACAGUUUUAUAUAAUGCCAAGAAUAUGACAGUAUCCUGUAGCUGAUGUAUUUAACGGCAGUUUCUUCUGAGUCAGGACCAAGAUGGGGGAGUUUAAUAUAUUAAAAAAAAAGAAGCUUUGGAGAAACACUCACAAUACACAACCCAA